CCUAUUGGUAUAUUCCUUUGAGAGACUUAUCUAUAUAACAUGGUAGUUUGUUUAACUCAAUUUUUGUGCUGUCGUUUGUUAUCUGUUUUCCCGCCAUCCAAAAUAAACACUUUUGAAGCUUGAAAACAUUGUAACAAUGUCUGCCUUUGUUGGAAAGUAUGCAGAUGAGCUUAUCAAGAAUGCCAAGUACAUAGCCACACCAGGGAAGGGAAUCUUGGCAGCAGAUGAGAGCACAGGCACCAUUGGCAAGCGGCUUGCAAGCAUCAAUGUUGAGAACAUUGAGGCCAACCGCCAAGCGCUGCGCGAGCUCCUCUUCACCUCCCCCAAUGCCCUCCAAUACCUCUCCGGUGUCAUCCUCUUCGAGGAGACUCUCUACCAAAAUACUUCUGAUGGAAAGCCUUUUGUUGAGGUCCUCCAAGAGAACAAUGUCAUCCCAGGCAUCAAGGUGGACAAGGGUGUUGUGGAAUUGGCCGGAACAAAUGGCGAAACCACCACUCAAGGCUUUGACUCUCUUGGUGCAAGGUGCCAGCAAUACUACAAGGCCGGCGCACGAUUUGCCAAGUGGCGUGCCGUGCUGAAGAUAGGCCCAACCGAGCCUUCUGAGCUGUCCAUCCAGCAGAAUGCGCAGGGAUUGGCUCGCUACGCCAUAAUUUGUCAGGAGAAUGGGCUUGUCCCCAUUGUUGAGCCUGAGAUUCUGACUGAUGGGAAUCAUGACAUAGCUAAGUGUGCUGCUGUUACUGAAACUGUUCUUGCUGCUGUUUACAAGGCACUCAAUGAUCAUCAUGUUCUUCUUGAGGGAACCCUCCUCAAGCCCAACAUGGUUACCCCUGGCUCUGAUAGCCCAAAGGUUCCCCCAGCAGUGAUUGCUGAGCACACAGUCACUGCACUGCGCAGAACCGUCCCAUCGGCGGUUCCAGGGAUUGUGUUCUUGUCUGGUGGACAAAGUGAAGAAGAGGCUACAUUGAACCUUGAUGCAAUGAACAAGUUGGAGGUGCUGAAGCCAUGGACUCUGUCAUUCUCAUUUGGAAGAGCACUGCAGCAAAGCACACUCAAAUCAUGGGCCGGGAAGAAGGACAACAUCACGAAAGCUCAAGAGGCAUUCUUGGCUCGGUGCAAGGCGAAUUCGGAGGCUACUCUUGGCAAGUAUGGUGGUGGAAGUGGAACUGGUUUGGCUUCUGAGAGCUUGUUUGUAAAGGGCUACAAGUAUUAAUUAGCCAUCAAAAUGGAGUUUGGAGAUUGAUUUGGAAUGUGUAUGAUGCUGCUACUUAAGCCUUUUUCUUCUGAUUAACAUGUUUUAUUUUUUUGAUACAUACAUAUGUUAUAAAUUUCAAAGUUUAUAUAUUUAUAGGAGCUGAUUGUAAUGGCCAAUGUGAUGAUCUACCUCUCAGAACAAUAAAGUGCCACAUUUUCAUAUGAAAA